GCCUGACGGUUCAGUGUUACCCCUCCCCCACCGCCGUGCUCCGUUUCACUCAAAGAUGGCGUCGGCUCGAGAGCCUCUGGUCUCUGGCUGCAUUUUUAGGCUUGUUGUUGUCUCUGUUUUGCGCGGUUUUGGAACCCUUCCUCCGGCAGAUCGACACCGAAUUCCGGUUGGUGCUACUGAUGUGCAAUAGACAUGAGGGUGAUCAACCCGGUCUGCUCCGUCCUUUUGUUGAGAAGCCCUGGCUGCUGAAGUUGAAAUACACUGUGAAAGGAUAAGUGAGGGCAAAGGACUGCAAAGACUGGAACAACACAGCUACAAUACAUCCCCAACACUCACGCAGAUAUUAAUCAAAAACAUGCGACUCGUGUUUUGUAAAACAUGGUCAUUUUUUGCAUCUCACAUUGAGAAUUUGCUCAUGUUACCAAUGACCGUAAACUGGUUUGCUGUCUAGACAUCCUCAUUUUAUUUGCCAUAUUUUGUUAAGAACAACUUUUCAUACAUCAAAACCAGUCUCUGCCCAGUGACGAAAGUGGGUGGGCCUAAUUUUACUGGGUGGGAAGCGGGGUUUUGGGGGGGUUGUGCUAUGAUCAGCUGCUCACUACCGUGUUGUUCAUACUCUGCUUCAGAGGGAGUCUCUGUGCGGCCCCAAGACAAGGGAUAGUAAGCGGACGAGAUACAGUCGAGGGAGACGCAGAGAAGGGGUCGGCGCUUCGGCGCAGGCCAGGUGUCUGUUAUUUGGGUCUGUAGUUCGCUUUUUUCUUUUUUUUCUGGUGAUUGUGGGAAGCCCUCAGGGCCACCGCGCCCUGAGAGACUGCAGCCAUGGUGAAACUGGCCAACCCCACUUACACCCAAUGGAUCCUAGAGGCCAUCAAGAAGGUCAAGAAACAGAAGCAGCGUCCAUCCGAGGAACGCAUUUGCAAUGCCGUCUCCAUGUCCCACAGUCUUGACCGCAAGACUAUUCUGGAACAGUUAGAACUUAGUGUCAAAGAUGGAACUAUCCUUAAGGUUACCAACAAAGGUCUCAACUCGUAUAAAGAUCCUGACAACCCCGGGCGUUUUGUUCUCCCAAAACAAAAAGGAGGUGGCAGCUCUGGAGGAGGCAGCAGCCACAGCGGGGGCGGUGGCAGCAGCAGCAGUGGUGUUAGCUUCCAAAGCCAUUUGGGGAAGAGACCUGGACUCGACUGGAACAAAUUGAUCAAGCGGGCACUGGAGGGCCUCCAUGAGCCAGGCGGUUCCUGCUUGAAAAACAUUGAGCGCUUUCUCAAGUGCCAGGCUGAUGUGGCAGCCUACCUAUCAAGCAGCGGCUCCAUGGGGCCUGGCAUCUUCCACCAACAGCUGAGGGUUGGCCUCAAAAGGGCUGUGGCCCAUGGACGCGUGGCAAAGCACGGGCCACUUUUUCAGUUCAUCAGUCGCAGCAGCUCCCACCAUGACGGCACUGGGACGGUAUCCUUGGAAUCACUGCCCCCUGUUCGUCGGCUGCCCCAUGAAAAGGACAAGCCGGUGGCGGAGCCAAUCCCCAUAUGCAGCUUCUGUUUGGGGACCAAGGAGCAGAAUCGCGAUAAGAAGCCUGAGGAACUCAUCUCCUGCGCAGACUGUGGCAAUAGUGGCCACCCGUCCUGUCUCAAGUUCUCUCCAGAGCUUACGGUUAGAGUCAAGGCACUGUGGUGGCAGUGCAUCGAAUGCAAAACCUGCAGCAGCUGUCAAGAUCAAGGAAAGAAUGCGGACAAUAUGUUAUUUUGUGAUUCAUGCGACCGGGGUUUCCACAUGGAAUGCUGUGAUCCACCCCUCACGCGGAUGCCGAAAGGCAUGUGGAUUUGUCAAAUCUGCCAACCCAGGAAGAAGGGAAAGAAUCUUUUACAUGAAAAGGCAGCACAAAUCAAACGGCGCUAUAACGCACCACUUGGCCGGCCCAAGAACAGGCCCGGGCGGCCCUUCAAGAAACUGGUUGGCCGUGCUCGACGGAAGCGUUCGGCCUCACCUAAUUCCUCAUCCAGCUCCUCUUGUGAAGGUUACCCCGGUGAUGACCGACUACUUUUCUCAAUGCGGGAUAGUGACGACCUGUCACACAGCAGUCUUCGCUUUAACAACAAGACCAAGGGAUUAAUCGAUGCCCUCACUAAAUUUUUUACACCUUCGCCUGAGGGUCGCAAAGCACGCCAGGAAGUUGUGGACUACUCAGAGCAGUGUCGCAUCAGAAAGAAAGCCAAUCGCAAAGGAGAUGGAGAUGAUCGGACAGACAAUCAGGAAGGCAGCGACUGGCGCGAUGAUGAUGACAGACCGCCUGGUCAUGAAAAUCUAACAGAAAAAGACAUUGAGCUGUUCAGACACAUCCAGGAGCUAGCAUUACAGAAAGUCGGGGUUACAGGUCCACCAGACCCGCAGAUGCGAUGUCCAGCAGUCAUUGAAUUCGGAAAGUUUGACAUCCAGACGUGGUAUUCUUCUCCCUACCCGCAGGAGUACAGCAGACUACCCAAACUGUACCUUUGUGAAUUCUGCUUGCGCUACAUGAAGAGCCGUAGCAUCCUCUAUCAGCACAUGAAGAAAUGCAGCUGGUUCCAUCCUCCAGCUAAUGAGAUUUACAGGAAAGACGACGUGUCUGUUUUUGAGGUCGAUGGAAAUGUGAGCACGAUCUACUGCCAGAACCUCUGCCUACUGGCCAAACUUUUCCUCGACCACAAGACACUGUACUAUGAUGUGGAGCCCUUCCUUUUCUAUGUCCUCACACAAAAUGACAGCAAAGGUUGCCACCUUGUCGGCUACUUUUCUAAGGAGAAACACUGCCAACAGAAAUAUAACGUAUCAUGCAUCAUGAUUCUUCCGCAGUACCAGCGAAAGGGCUACGGGCGCUUUCUCAUUGAUUUCAGUUACUUGCUAUCUAAGCGUGAGGGCCAGCCUGGAUCACCAGAGAAGCCUCUCUCAGAUCUUGGUCGGCUUUCUUACAUGGCCUAUUGGCGCAGUGAGGUCCUAGAGUGCCUCCAUAGGGUCCAUGACCGGCAGAUCACAAUUAGACAGCUCAGCAAACUGACAGGGAUUUGCCCGCAAGAUAUCACUACAACACUACACAGCCUCAACAUGCUCGAGCAACGGGGAGAGAGGAUGGUCCUGGUGCGACGAGAUACGCUGAUUGAUAGCCACAUGGCUCGUCUCAAGGCUCGACCCCGACAGCUAGAAGUUGACCCCGAGUGUCUCCGCUGGACUCCUGUCAUUGUUACUAAUACAGUGGUUUCUGAUGCUGAUGAGGAUGAGGAUGAAGAUGAAGAGGAUCAAGAACCAACAGAAAAUGACCGCAAAGAGAUCAAGCCAAAUAUCAAGCUACCAUCAUUGUCUUGGCACAUGCAUGAAGCAAAGAAAACGGAAGAAGAAGAUGAGGACGAGGAGGAAGAGCUUGAGGAGGAAGAAGAGAGAAAGGGGUUUCUAGGAUUACCGGUCAGCCAAAGCUCUCCAACAUCACCUCCAGUUCGUUGUUUACCUCCCCCAAAACCACCAUGCCCACCUCUGCCAGCAAAUGGUGAACGCAGACCCAGGGGUCGCCCUCCCAAAAAUUGGCCAUGGGGUAAAGGGGUUAGGGAUAGCAAUCGAGUUGGACGGCCACCUAAGGUUUGCCCAAUGGAGGAAGAGGGUGAGGACGAUGAAAGGACAGAUGAAGGAAAAAUCGGCUCUGCAACCAUCCCUUCCUCUCUAUUCUCACUAGAGCGAAAAGCAGAACCGACAAGCUUUCGGACAAUAGACAUGACCCGGCACCCCACCAUAACCCCUACCCGAAGAGGACGCCCUCCAAGGAAAAAGAGGGGCCCCAAACCCAGACAGAUGGAGGAGCCGAGUGAGGGGCUGUCACAACUUCCUGGGGUUUCCAGGUUGAAUGAUUCUCCUCCUGUUCGGAAGACUGGCUUCAGUGAUAGUAGCGAAGAGGAUGAGGAUGAUGAUGAGGACGACGAGGAUGAAGAUGAUGAGGAUGAGGAAAGCAGAGCAAGCUCUCCACCUAUACUCACAAAGCCAGCUUUGGGACUUAAAUGCAAGAAGCCGUUGAGAAAGCGUCGUUUUCGCCAGCGCAGCCACCCACACAGCAGCGUUGUGACGGAGACCAUUUCUGAGACUACAGAGGUUUUGGAUGAACCGUUUGUGGACUCUGACUCCGAGAGGCCCAUGCCUAGACUGGAGGAGGAGACACCCUUGAGUCACCCCUUGCGUCGCUACCCUCCAGCCCGCUCUGCACUUAAGUUGUCAGACCCUGCUCCUAAAAGAGGCCGGCACUGCAACCUCUCUGAUUCAGAGGAGGAUGAGCUAACUGCCAUGCUGAACCCUGUCGCCGCAUUGCCAUGUCCUUCUACGAAUCAAGCUGCCAAUCCUGAGGUCCCAGUCAAGAAGAAAAAAGGCUGGCCCAAGGGAAAAAGUCGUAAACCACUGCACUGGAAGAAACGGGGACCUGGAAGACCACCUGGAAGUGGAGCCAACCAGCGAGCUGCAGCAGAAAGCCAAGCAAGCGGGACUCCAACACCUCCCAAAAUCAAAAUGAAGCCUGGACGGAAGCCUCGGACCUGGUAUCUCCAGCGUGCCCAAGAGGAAGCAGAGAGGCAGGAGCAGGAGAAGCAAAGACUGCUAGAACAGCAGUUGGACAAAAGUCCUCUGCUGCUUUCAACAGAUCGAAAUAGCAAGCGUGUUUCAAGAGCCAUCUCAGAAAAUAAAGAAAAAUACUCUGACGAAGACGAUUAUCUCCCUAUGCCAGUAGAGCAGAAGGUACCAAAAAGGAGAGGGAGACCACCCAGGAACCCUAUGCUCCGUCAACAACAACCACCUGUUUCAAGGCCACUUCUCAAUUCUGAACCAGAGGAGGCAGAAGAAGAAGAUGAGGAACCAGAGAGAACUUGGGAGAACACAAAAUCUAGCCGUCCAUUUUCACGCCCCAUACUGUCUGCUUCGUCCUGCUCAUCUAACCCAGGGCCUAGGGCCCCACAAUUUCGCCCUCAGAAUGUUGAUAUUGGCGAAAGAGAAGACGACGAAAAUGAAAAGGAAGAAGAGGAAUUUGAGAACCAGACGUGUAGUAGUCUUUCGUCGAGACGAGCAGCAUCUGCACCAGGUUUAGGAAGCCGCCGCAGUGAAGACCAUGAUGCAGAUGAUGAAGGUGACGGACACUUAGAAGAGAAGAGUAACAGCAGCAGCAUAAGUAAAAAAAGAAAAAGUCAGGAGUCUGAAGAUGAGGAGGAUGAAGAUGAGGAUGAAGAGCCUGCUUCCCAUGCAAGCUCCCCCCCAGUCAAAGAAGAACCACAAGGCGGAGAGGCUUUUUUAGACAUGGAGAACAGCGUGGCCCGGGACUAUGUCAGCAAGCAGGAGGAGGAAGAUGAGGAGGAGGAGCCUGACGAGCAGGUGCAAGAGUUAAAACGUCAGCCCUCCUCUGCUGAUCCACAGCAGGAAGACAGGCGGCGGCGAGAGCAGGAGGAGUCUGCUGCGGCUGCUGCGGCUGUGGAAACUGUUACGGCCAUGUCUGUUCCCCCAGAACCUAUGGAGCUUCAGCCUUUGCAGGCAGAGGACAAAGAUGUUGCACUUUUGAUUGAACCCCAACAUUCACACUCCCACACCCAUCCUCACCAGCACUCGGACUUCAAAGAGGAGCUGAGUCACCAUCACUCACAUCAUGCCCAUCACCACUCCAAUGAACUAGACUUGGAGACUGUCCAGGCAGUACAGUCUCUGACACAGGGGGAAGCCCAGGAUGAAGAGACUGAGCCACACCAUGGGGCUUACCAGGACUGUGAAGAGACACUUGCGGCCUGUCGGACACUACAAAGUUACAGCCACGCAGGGGAUGCUGAGGAGGAGGCCCUGGCUUUAGUAGAGGACUGUGGGGCCUCCCAACACAGCAGCCCUCUGCCUAAUCCUCCAAUGCCCCCACUGUCCGGUCAGUCUGUUCGGUCAGUGAACAGUCCAGGGUUACCUUCAGCCAUCAUGGAGACGACAACAGCAGGGCAGAGAGGUGGGACUCCUGGCCCGACUGGAGCAGGUGGUGGAACCGGAGGUGGCUACACACAAAUCACGCCAGAACAUCCCAGUUCUCUGUCUGCACCCUCCCAACAGAACAUGGAGACAUCUCCCAUGAUGGAUGUCCCAUCUGUGUCCGACCACUCACAGCAAGUGGUUGACAGUGGCUUCAGUGAUUUAGGCAGUAUCGAAAGCACGACAGAGAACUAUGACAACCCCAGUAGCUAUGACUCAACCAUGGGUGGAGGAAGCAGUGGAUCGGGGAAUGGGGGUAGUGGAGGUGGGAUUUCUGUGACAGGUACCUCUUCAGCGUCCUCAUCUGUCGCAUCUUCUUCCAGCUCGGCCACUCCAUCCACCUCACAGUCCAACAGCUGCCCCUUUGUGUCAACCCCUAGCUUAACAUCUUCCACAGGGAAUGGAGGAACUCAGCAUGGUUUAGGAAGCUGUAGCCUUAUCCAACAAACUGGACCCGGCCCCAGCAGUGGUCCUGGAGCUAGUAAUGUAGGCAAUUCUGUCCCACAACCCCCACCCCCUCCUCAUCCAUCCAACACCCCUGGUUGUGGCAUUAAAUCUCCUCAAAGCUGUGGUGUGAUUGAGAGACCUCCCAGCACUAAUCAGCAACAACCACAAUCAUCCCAAAAGAAGGUUUCACAGCAGCCUCCUCAGCAGCAGCAGCAGCAGCAAACCCCCAAUUCCCAGUCUCAGCCCUCAGCUCCGCCCCCUCCGCAGCAACAGCAGCAGCCCCUAUCCCAGUGCAGCAUGGGAAAUGGCUUUGGCUCCACUCCCAUGAUCAUGGAGAUUCCUGAGAGUGGGAGUGGGGGAGGUGGCCGCACCCUGUAUGAGCGUAUGGGUCAGGACUUUGGCACAGGGGGCUACCCCCAACCCUCCGCAACCUUCAGCCUGGCCAAACUCCAACAGCUCACAAACACCAUUAUGGAUCCACAUGCCAUGCCCUACUCUCACUCAGCCUCUGUCACCUCUUACGCCACCAGUGUUUCACUCUCUAACCCAGGGCUGGCACCCUCUGCUCACGCACCCCUUUCCCAGGGCCAACCCACAAUGACUCCACCCCCUAAUCUCAGCUCUGGUUCAAUGAACUUGGGAUCCUUGCAGCUGCAAUGCAACAUGCCCACUACCAACAUCAGUCUAGGUCCUCCACCCCACACGCAGCGACUGCAGGGCCAAAUGGCAACUGUCAAAGGUCAUAUUUCCAUUCGGUCCAAAGCCACUCAGCAGCUGGCCCCAGCCCCGCACCAGCAGCAGCUCUAUGGACGCAGCUCUGGGGCUGUGGCCAUGCAAGGCACACCUCGCACCUUGGCUGUACAACGCGGCAUGAUGCCAAACCUCAUGCCGACACCGGCACCAUACAAUUCCAUGAACAUGACACCACUCAAUCCCAUGUCAGCUGGUUAUCGAAUGCCCCAGCCAAUGAUGAACAGUGGUUACCACGGUAAUCCUCCUUAUAUGAAUCAGCCAGCUCAGUAUCCCAUGCAAAUGCAAAUGGGAAUGAUGGGAGGGCAGGGUUACCCCCAGCAGCCUAUGCAGCCAAAUCACCAUGGCAACAUGAUGUAUACAGGCCCCUCCCAUCAUAGCUAUGCUGGUGUCCCAAAACAGUCGCCCUACAUGAGCAGAUGAAGACAUGGGUCCAAGGCUGAUACUUGCUGUACUUUAAAUCAGUCAUGUUCACACUCUGCAGUGCUGUGGAAGGCACCAUGAGAGCAAGUGAAUGGAAACUUUGGGUUUCCUGUUUUUCUGUGUAAUCUUUUUGUCCAUUUCUCAUAAGAGAGGGUUUGUUCAUGGACCAGGCUAGGCCGACGCAGUCCCUGCCAAGUGGCUGAAAUGUCUACUUUUCUUCUUGAGAUGGAGAAUGGCAAGGAAGCUACACAGAAAAGGACAAGGAUUAAUUCUGAUCUCGCUUUGUCGGAUUGAAAAUGCAAAAGACAGUUAUCUGAUUAUAUUCAACCAUGCACACAAUCUUUUGACAUAGGAGCCUUACCUGAAAAAAGAGACAUAGUAGGUGGAUACUUGUUUUGUUAAACAUGAUGUUGGAACCUUAUUUUUGUUUCUUUUUGAAUAUCUGUGUGCAGUCUGGCCUCUUGUAUGCUUCAGUCUUUAUAUUUGUGGCAUUCUAAAAUGGUGGCACACCUCUUGGGUUCUCACAAAGACCCAAACAUCUCCAAGGCAUGCCCGGCCAGCGGGACCUCGUGUGAUCAAGGUGUUUAUUCAUGUUUCUGUCUUCCUGGAUGGCGGGCAUCAUACCAAAAACACUGCAAAGACACGGAGGAGAUAGCAGUGUCUUUUUUUUUUUUUUAAUAUCCAAUAGUAGCAUUCUGUUCCAGUUUUCUGCCACUUCAAGUUAAUAUGUAAAUAUUAUGGUACCUCCCAUUAUCAAGCAACACAUGACUACACACAUAUUGGCUAGUGCUUGGAUAAACUGGCUAGCACAGGAAUGUACCACCUCCAGCUAUUCUUGUCCACACUCCACUGAACAGUCAGUGUGCAAUGUCAAUAUUUUGGGGGCGAUAAAGUAUUCCGAACAAAAAUAAAGAUUUCAACUCAGCUGCUUUAAAGCCACACUUAAUAACUUUUCAACCUUCAUUGAACAUACUGUAUUCUUCACUUUUGUGAUUAAACACCUCUGUCAUGGACCUAGGUGGUCUGUAUCACUUUUACUGGCACUAAACAACUUCGCAGAGGAUAAUUGGUUUCAUUGCCUUGGCGCUAGUCAUCUGUCGCCCAGCCACUCGAAAUACAAAUGUAGUUCAGUCCAAGAUCAGGACUUUAUGACAGUUUCGCAGGUCCAUAUGGGAAAUGUGGUCUGCCAUUUGGCAAAACACUACCGCUUUUGUCCAUUGGCGUCGCCAAAAUAAAAAAGUUAUUAAGUGUUGCAUUAACGAAACUUGGUAAACAAUUAGCUGACUUCCCUGGAAGCAAGUGUUAAAGACCCAAAGAGGUCGAGGUGUCCGCUUAUAAAAUGUGUAUUCUGUUAAACUUGUAUUUUUUUAUACAUGCAUUUUAUUUUCUCUUGACUUCUGUGUUUGCUAGAGACACUGCAGUAGACAGUUAGCCUUUAUAAAAGGUGUACCUAAAGGCCUGGUGUAGUGCAUGGCUUGGCCCACACAUAGAGGCGCACACGUAAGAAAGCAGGGUCAGAGCUUUGUUGGUUAUGGUGUUUAAAUGGCGCGGGUGGAACGGUUCACCUUGUUGCCCCAUGUACCAGUAUUCAAAGUCAAAAGAGGCGUUUUCGUUUUCUUGCAGACCUGACAUUGCAUACUUUUUGUGUCUAUUGUUCUGUUCUGAACUUUGUUUUCUUUCUGAAUUUUAUCAGACUGGGCAGCUUUCUAUUAUGAACGAAGCUGACUCUUUUUGACUAAAAGAACCUGUGUAGAGAACACGUUUUUUUCUAUAAUAUAAAAGGAAAUUCUGACAUUGAUAUUGGUACUGUCAUUUUUUCCCCUCACUUCUGUUUCAGGACAAAAACACCGCAUAUUUUUUAGCUCACCUCUUGGGUAAUAAUUACUAUAAAAUUCAAAAUAGAUAAUAAAAAAAGUACUCACUUUUAGUGAUUAUAAGAUGCCUUUAAUCUUUCCAUUCCAUCUCAUCUCUAGAGUUUUUCUAUCUUUGUGUAGUAUAUUAAUGCUAUUUUAAACAAAAGGACUACAAAUAUCUAAAGGUCACUUGGCAUUUUUUUUACGUGUGUGCGUGCGUGCGUGAGUGUAUAGGAUGACUUCCUUACAUUAAAGAGGCAUGUAAAAAUAAGCUCCGUAUAUUUCUGUCUGUUUAUAUCGCUUCCCUUUUUGUAUUCUUUGGAAUUGUACAUGUUUCGUUGUAUGCUAAGGGAGUGCAAAAUAGAGUUUGGCUGAGUGCAGAGUGCUGUACUCAGCGGCCUCAACUCUCUUCUCUGUCCCUGUAUGUAUUUCCAUUUAUCCGGCCGCACCCCGUUUCUUAGCAAGUACUUUCAAAGAACUCUGUACAUUUUAAAAUAAAAUGAAAAUAAAUUAUGUUGAGCCAUU